AGCAAACAUAAUGGAUGCUGCUAACGAGAAGCAUCCAGUGCUUGAAGCACCAGCAUGAGAGAACUUUGAUCUCGCCACAUGUCCCGCACGGCACAACCUUCUCCUAGUUCCAGACCCGGGGGAAGCGCACGGUGCAGCAGACACUAAUGUAUGUACGGACCUUUCACGAUCUGCCUCGUCCUGAUAGAGCCUCGAGUCGUGGUAUAUAAUCCCCCUUCUUUUCCACUGCCCGUCCUGGCGUGCAUUGUCCUUCUCUGCUCUCACUCGUCCAACUCUCUUUGCCUGAUUCGAUACCUAUCUGUGUUUCUGCCCUCAUUUCUUCCCUGCGAGGUUGCUAGUUCAUCAUAAUGGCGCCAGCUACGGUGCAUGCAACCACUGAUGUAGCGGCCAUUGAAGCCCCCGUCACCAUCAGGGCCUAUCUCCUUUGUGCCUUUGCCGCCUUUGGUGGUAUCCUCUUCGGAUAUGACUCUGGAUACAUUGGUGGUGUCCUGGGUAUGACUUAUUUCAAGAAGCUUUUCGGCGGUGCCGUUCCCAAGUCGCAAGAUGCCAGUGGAUACAAUAUCACGACCUGGCAAAAAUCAUUGAUCACCUCGAUUCUCUCUGCGGGAACGUUCUUCGGUGCCCUUAUUGGCGGUUCACUCGCUGACUGGAUCGGACGUCGUCUGGCUAUCAUUUCCGGUUGCGGUAUCUUCCUUGCAGGUGUCGUCCUUCAAGUAGCUUCAGUUAACGUCGGUCUCCUUGUCGCUGGUCGUGUCAUUGCUGGUUUUGGUGUCGGUAUUGUGUCCGCGGUCAUUAUCCUGUACAUGUCCGAGAUCGCCCCCAAGGCUGUUCGUGGUUCACUGGUGUCUGGAUAUCAGUUUGCCAUCACCAUUGGAAUCUUCUUGGCGUCCUGUGUCGACCAGGGAACGCACAACCGCAAUGACACCGGCUCCUACCGGAUCCCCAUUUCACUUCAGAUGGCUUGGGCAUUGAUCCUUGCAUUUGGUCUCUUCCUACUUCCGGAAUCUCCCCGUUGGUACGUGAAGAAAGGCAAGCUCGAUCAUGCUGCCAGGUCUCUCUCACGUGUCCGCGGCCAACCCACUACCUCUGAAUACAUUCAGCAGGAAAUGGCUGAGAUUAUUGCCAAUUACGAGUAUGAACUUAACAUUACCUCGACGAGCUGGCUCGACUGCUUCAAGGGCGGCUGGAAGCCCAGCGGAAACUUUCGCCGUGUCGUUCUGGGCAUGUCUUUGCAGAUGAUGCAGCAGUGGACUGGUAUCAACUUUAUCUUCUACUAUGGAACCGUGUUCUUCCAGACCGUUGGCAUCAAGAACCCGUUCAUCAUCAACGUCAUCACUGCUGUCGUCAAUGUCUGCACCACCCCCGUAUCCUUUUACACUAUUGAGAAGUUUGGUCGUCGCACCUUGCUCAUCUGGGGAGCCAUCGGCAUGGUCGUCUGUGAAUUCAUCAUCGCCAUUGUUGGCACCGCCGAUGAGGGUUCCAAGGCUGCCUCUACCUGCCUCAUCGUCUUUGUUUGCAUCUACAUCUUCUUCUUCGCUCAAACCUGGGGCCCCGCCGCAUGGGUCGUCAUUGGUGAAAUCUUCCCUCUUCCCAUCCGUUCCAAGGGUGUCGCACUCUCCACCGCGUCCAACUGGUUCUGGAACUGCAUCAUUGCCGUCGUCACACCCUACUUCAUCGAUCCGGAUGAGGGUGACCUCAAGUCCAAGGUGUUCUUUAUUUGGGGUGCGCUGUGCGCAUGCUGUAUCUUCUACGCAUACUUCCUCAUCCCCGAAACUAAAGGUCUUUCGCUCGAGCAAGUCGACAAGAUGCUCGAGGAGACUACUCCCAGAACCUCGGCUUCCUGGAGGCCACAUGCCACCUUUGCUGCUGAAAUGGGUCUCACGGACAAGGGCGAGAUUGAGGUUGCCCAAAUUGAGCACAAGGCGCAGGAGACCGCAUAGACACAUCGUGUCUAGCAUGGUCUUUGCGUAUUCUUUGCCUACGCUCAUUUGCAUUUUGUUUUUCAUAUCGUGAUUCCUGUUUAAUUCCCCAGCCACAUGCAUUCAUGAAGCAUUGCGUGCUCGCUGAUGUAGUUACCACUUGAUAUCAAUGAGUCAAAUCUCUGUUAUUGCACAC